AGUCCAUAACAACAGGCUUCGACUGAUGCAAAGUGAUAUAUUUAUAUAAUAAGUAUACAUCGUUGAAGAAUAGGAACUAUGUAGCAGCGAUGCAGAUGUAAACGCUUUUCAAACAGGAAAAAAAAAUCGAACAGUGUACUAUACCGAGAAGAUGGCAACAUUGAAUGGGUUGCAUACCACAAGAAAUGGUACCACCAAUGGAAAUGUGGACCAUGAGGCUACAAAUGGCAGUGGUAAUCAAAAGCAACGGGGUAGAGCGCUCAGUGGUAUCGGGCCUGAUGGUUACCCCCGUCUACCACCAAUCAAAAAACCACAACUGAAAAUUGACGACCCCUAUGCCAACAGCAAACUGAUGACUUUCAGAUUAGCCAAUCACAAACAGGCAUUGCUGAUGCAGAUAUUACAUGACGACGCUAUCAAAGCUUAUGAAGAAACCAAAGAGGUCAACGAGAAAGACACAGAUAAAAAGGAUGAUCCCGAUUUUCCUCAAGAGAUGAUGAGCAAAGAAAGGAGGAUUCGGUUGAACUACCAGUACCUACGGAAGUGCGUGGAGGCGGGGCCAGUAACGCCGAUGCAGCCGGAGUGGAACGCCCAGAUCCUAAAAAUGGUUCCGGAGCGACUUCAACAAUCCGCGAUGCUCAAAGAAGUCAUCAAGGAACUUUUUGAUGAGAUCAAAGUUGAUUUCAAGGCCAGCAUGAAAAAAUCCAUGGUUCAACAUGUACUGGUCAAGCCUGAGGUCAAGGGACUGGACAACGAGGAAGCUGGACCUCCACCACAGGAGCCAAGCGGACUAGAUUUUUCUCGUCCUUGGCAUGAAAAUUUCAUUCAGUCAAAAGAAGUGAUUCUGGAAAAUCUACAUGUCCUGCAUCCAUCGAUGCAGAUCGUCCUAAACAUGUGCCAGACCACCCUCGGGAACCUCAUCCUCGUGGACUGUUCCAGUAUGAGAGCACGUGGAGCGAUCGAGUUUGAAUCAAUGAAAAAUAAUAUCCAACUUGACCUUGAGAAAAUGGAGGACAAACUAAUGCACAGCUGGUUUCCAACCAUUAUCAAUGUGUUUGCGGACAAAGUAACAUUCGUUCCUCCGAAGGCAGAAAAGACUGAUUCCUUCUACAGUAGUGUGACGACUCUCAUUUCCAACCAGCUGAAAAAUCUACUGGCGCGUACCAUUCAUGCAUUUGUCGAUCUGUUUGACCCAAAUGACAAAUCCCAUCUCCCCCAGAUGAAAAUGGAACUGACUUUUGAUGAUCAAAAGAUGCAGUUUUAUCCUCCCAAAGAAGAUUUGGAGGAAACUGUUUUGUUUGUUAUCAAGCAAGUUUGUAAGACCAUGCAGCAGGUCCCGACAGUGCAAUCCUGGCUGGCAGGGGGCAGCACCGUCAACCACACAGAUGUUACAAUCGCCAAACACAUUCUGGACGAAGCGACCAAGAAACUGCAGGAAGCUGUCAAGCUGAACUUUGAGGCACCACAGGCUCAUCUGGAGUCUUUUAUUCAGCGAUAUGACUACAUCGUCAAUGGCGAGGCUCUCGCUGAAAUCCACGAAUAUGUCAAACAUGAACAUACCUUUGCGGAGUACCAAGAGCAAAUUGAAAAAUACAGAGAUGUGGCUAGAGAAAUCAUGGGUUUGCCAAGUAUUGAGCACUUUGAUAUGAUCCGUCUUGAUUGCGAGGAUCUCAAGCGAGGUCUUGCAGAGGCUUCCCGGGGUUUGGCUGAUGAACUUCUGAGGAAGGUGUCUGAUGACCACAGACAGGAAAAUAUGAGUAUUUGCCAAGAGUUUACACAAAUGAGAGAUCGUGCUCUACAAGACCCCGAGACAACAGAGCAGCUCAUGGACAUGAUGACCUUCAUUGGUAAUGCCAGAACUGUCGGAAUGGUCGACCUCAACACACGUAUCUCCGAUUCUAAAAAUAGACUGGCUUACCUAAUUGAUGUGUACAUGUUUCCUCCAGAGGAAAUCACCCUCAACUGUGAGGUGCUCACCUGGCCGAAACGUAUCAACCCAGUUUUCGAUGACCAUGAUGAUCUUGUGGAGCAGUCAAAGAUCAGCGGGGAGAAACAACUGCUGGAGAAACGAGAGAAGGUGAUAAUGGAAUUGGAGAAAUUACGUCAGCGCGUCGACGAGUUUAACGACUACGGAGAGCUGGACAUGAUGCAGCAGUACGUCCAAGAUGUCCGCCUCGUACAGAAACGUCUGGCAGACGUCACAGAACAGAUCACCUGGAUCAAUAAGGAGGAGCUUCUGUUCAAGUAUCCCGUAUCAACAUACCCCGAUGUUGAGGACAUCACAAGUGCAGUGGAUCCAUUCCAGAGACUGUUCAAUGUUGUACUACGUUGGCAGAAGGCUGAGAAAAAGUGGAUGGACGGCUCCUUCCUUGACCUAGAUUCCGAGGCGGUGGACGGAGAGGUUGAUGAAUACAACAGAGAAUUGUACAAGAUACAGAAAGUGUUUAACACUCGAAUGAAGAAAUUACAGAUCGAGGUCGACGACCGCAACAGGGACAGAAAGAAACGACGACGAGGUGCAGAGGAAAGCGGUGAGGAAAUAAAACCGGAGGACCAAGAUGAGGUUUUAAAUCCCCCACAGGCCGUGAAUGUGUGCACCAACGUCAUGGACAGCAUGAGGGAUUUCAAGGAUGUGAUCCCGGUGAUUGGUAUUAUGUGCAACAGAGGAAUGCGAGCUCGCCAUUGGAAAGAUAUGUCAGAUAUUGCUGGAUUUGAUCUGACUCCGAACUCCGGAACAACGCUCCGGAAAGUUCUCAAGUUGGAGCUUGAAGCUCAUAUGGAAAUGUUUGAUGGAAUCAGUGCUGCAGCCACAAAGGAACACUCCUUGGAGAAAGCCAUGUUGAAAAUGAUGGAGGAUUGGGAUGCCGUAGACUUCAAUCUCCUCGCUUAUCGAGACACCGGUAUCAGUAUUCUGUCCUCGGUCGAUGAUAUUCAGACCAUUCUUGAUGAUCAGAUCGUCAAGACACAAACUAUGAGAGGCUCACCAUUCAUCAAACCAUUUGAAAAGGAAAUCAAGGAAUGGGAGGAGCGACUGAUCCGUAUCCAGGAUACUACGGAUGAGUGGCUGAAGGUCCAGGCCCAGUGGCUUUACCUAGAGCCAAUCUUCUCCUCGGAAGACAUCAUGAGUCAGAUGCCAGAGGAAGGACGUCUCUUCACAAUUGUGGACAAGAACUGGAAAGACAUAAUGAAACAUACUGUGAAGGACCCCAAGGUACUCAUUGCUACAAACCUACCAGGACUUCUGGAAAAAUUGGUUGACAGCAACGGUCUUCUUGACAAAAUCAACAAAGGUCUGAAUGCCUAUCUUGAGAAAAAGCGUCUGUUCUUCCCGAGGUUCUUCUUCCUCUCCAACGACGAAAUGUUGGAAAUUUUGUCUGAGACCAAAGACCCUAUGCGUGUACAGCCUCAUCUUAAAAAAUGCUUUGAGGGAAUCGCCAAGCUUCAGUUUGACAGCAAACUUGACAUUCAUGCCCUGUUUAGUAGUGAGGGUGAAAAAAUUCAGCUUAGUCAGCCAAUAUCAACAAGUGAUGCUAGAGGCGCUGUGGAAAAAUGGCUUCUUCAAGUCGAGGAGAUUAUGCUGAAAUCUAUCAAGGCUGUUUGUGCUGAAGCCAUGGAGGCUUAUGCUACUGAUGCCCGUGUGGACUGGGUGCGAAUAUGGCCAGGCCAGGUUGUCCUAUGUGCCUCCCAGGCAUAUUGGACCCGCGAGGUCCAUGAGGCUAUCCCUGGAGGUCCCGAGGGACUUAGGGACUACUGGAACACCCUGCAGAAACAACUCAAUGAUAUUGUCAUCCUGGUGAGAGGAAAACUUUCCAAACAGAUUAGAACAUCUCUGGGAGCUCUGGUCGUUAUAGAUGUCCACGCUCGUGAUUCUGUACUGGAAAUGGCAGAUAAAGGUGUUGCAUCCGAAAAUGAUUUUAACUGGCUAGCCCAGUUGCGUUAUUAUUGGGAGGAAGAGAACAUGCGCGUGAGGAUCACUAAUGCCACAGUCAAGUACGCCUACGAAUACCUCGGUAAUACUGGGCGUCUGGUUAUCACUCCCCUCACCGACAGAUGUUACAGGACCCUAGUAGGGGCCUUCCACCUCAACCUCAACGGGGCUCCUGAAGGGCCAGCUGGAACUGGUAAAACAGAGACCACCAAAGAUCUUGCUAAGGCUCUCGCUGUGCAAUGUGUUGUGUUCAACUGCUCUGACGGCCUCGACUACAUUGCCAUGGGCAAGUUUUUCAAAGGAUUGGCAGCUGCCGGAGCCUGGGCUUGCUUCGAUGAGUUCAACCGAAUUGACCUGGAAGUGUUGUCUGUCAUUGCUCAACAGAUCUUGUGCAUCAUUCGUGCCGUUCAGGCUCAUGUGGAUAUGUUCAUAUUUGAGGGAACAGAGCUGAACCUCAAUCCAAACUGUUACGUGUGCAUCACAAUGAACCCAGGUUACGCUGGACGAUCAGAACUUCCGGACAAUCUGAAGGUUCUUUUCCGAACUGUGGCUAUGAUGGUACCGGACUAUGCUAUGAUUGCCGAGAUCUCUCUUUACUCGUUCGGAUUCCAGAAUGCCCGAAAUUUGUCGGUGAAGAUUGUGACUGUGUACAGACUCUGUUCCGAGCAGCUUUCCUCACAAUUUCACUACGAUUACGGAAUGAGAGCUGUCAAAGCCGUGUUAUCUGCCGCCGGAAAUUUGAAACUGCGAUUUCCAGAAGACAAUGAAGACAUUCUUCUGCUGCGCUCCAUCAUAGAUGUCAAUUUACCUAAAUUCUUGGCCCAUGACAUUCCACUGUUCAACGGUAUCAUCUCUGAUCUUUUCCCUGGCCUUUCCCUCCCGGAGGCGGACUAUGAUGUGUUUUUGGAAGCCAUGAAGACAAUCUGUGAGAAAAAGAAUCUUCAAUUUGUGGAUUUCUUCAGAGAGAAAAUUAUCCAGACUUACGAAAUGAUGAUCGUCCGACACGGUUUCAUGUUGGUGGGAGAGCCAUUUGGGUGCAAGACCAAAGUCAUAGAGACAUUGAGCGAGGGGAUGACGCUCUUGUUUGAACAAGGCGUAGAGGAUUAUAACAAGGUCUACUUCCGCGUCAUCAACCCAAAGGCCAUCACUAUGGGUCAGCUGUACGGUCAGUUUGAUCCCGUCUCCCAUGAGUGGACCGAUGGAAUCAUCGCCAACACCUUCCGAGAGUUCGCAUCCACGGAUACACCAGACAGGAAGUGGGUCAUUUUUGACGGACCAAUUGAUGCUCUGUGGAUCGAAAACAUGAACACUGUAUUGGAUGACAACAAGAAACUGUGUCUCAUGAGCGGUGAGAUCAUCCAGAUGUCCAAUGAGAUGAGUCUCAUCUUUGAGACCAUGGAUCUCUCACAGGCCUCGCCGGCCACCGUGAGUAGGUGCGGUAUGGUGUACCUAGAGCCGUCAACCCUCGGCUGGAGACCAAUCAUGCGCUCCUGGAUCCAUACAUUUGAGGGAGCUAUGCAGCUAGAGGGGGCAGAAGUGAUUGAGGCGAUGUUUGAGUGGCUUGUAGAUCCUUGCCUUGAAUUUGUCCGUAAACACACAAAAGAAUACAUCGGGUCUAAGGAGUCCAACCAAGUGCGUUCUCUCAUGUAUCUGAUUGAUAUGUUGAUGUCUGAAGCUCUUAGUCAGAAGGAUGUGGACGAAAACCGCCACCUGAAAACAUGGAUCAUCUCGUCUGUGCUGUUUGCUAUCCCAUGGUCCAUUGCUGCAUGUGUAGAUGUUGACGGAAGGGAGAAGUUUGAUAACUUCUACAAGGACAUUGUAGCGGGCAAGUUGGACAACCACCCAAUGCCCAAGGCUGUCGGCAAACUGGAUGUACCACUGCCGUCUGAACAAAGUGUCUACAAUGUCUUCUUUGAGCAAAAGGCUCGAGGCUUGUGGAAACCAUGGGUUGACUUGAACAAAGGCUUUGAUACCCAGAAUAAGAAGAUUCGUGAAAUGCUUGUCCCCACCAUUGAUACGGCUCGCUACAACUUCCUGAUGAAUCUGUGUAUUGAGCACGGCAGGGCGAUUCUGUUCGUGGGGCCAACUGGCACGGGUAAAAGUGUUUACGUCCAGGAGAAACUGAUGAACAACCUGUCGAAGGACAAGUUCCUGCCGGCCUUUGUGAACUUCUCAGCUCAGACCAGUGCUAACCAAACACAGAACAUCAUCAUGUCAAGGCUAGACAGACGUCGUAAGGGCGUAUUUGGACCUCAGAUGGGCAAACGCGCAGUCAUCUUUGUUGACGAUCUCAACAUGCCCCAGAAGGAGGUGUAUGGAGCCCAGCCUCCUGUUGAACUACUCAGACAAUACUUUGACCAUGGGAACUGGUAUGACUUGAAGGACACCACAAAGAUUAUACUUCAAGACAUUCAGUUUAUUUGUGCCAUGGGACCUCCCGGAGGUGGAAGAAAUGACGUCACAGCUCGCUUUCUGCGACAUUUUAAUAUUGUCGCCAUGAACCCUUUUAAUGAGGAUACCAUGAUAAAGAUCUUCACUACCCUGAUCUCGACAUACUUUAAGAGCCAAGAACUGACUGCCGAUUUCUAUUCGGUUGGGAACCUGAUUGUACAAGCCACCAAUGAUAUGUACAAACAAGCCAUCGCUAACCUGUUGCCUACACCCGCCAAAUCUCACUACGUUUUCAAUCUGCGAGAUUUCACCAGAGUCAUCUUGGGAGUCUGUCUUGUGAGGAAGGCUCAAGUGGAAAGCAAAAAAGUUCUGACAAGAUUGUGGGUUCACGAAGUCAUGCGAGUCUUUUAUGAUCGUCUAACUGAUGAUGGGGACCGAGAUUGGCUAUUCAAGUCUGUGAAAAAAGCCACCAAGGAACACUUCAAGGAGGAUUUCGAUUCUCUGUUUGAGCAUCUAGCUGGUGGAGGAACCGGAAACGGCGCGGUAAUUGAAGAAGAUCUAAGAAGUUUGAUGUUUGGGGACUACAUGAACCCUGACGCAGAAGAAGAGGAUCGAGUCUAUGAUGAAGUGAAGGAUAUUAACCAGUUCUACAGCGUUGUGGAGACGUGUCUCGAAGAGUACAAUAACACACACAAAACAAGGAUGAACCUCGUCAUCUUCAGAUAUGUCCUCGAGCAUCUGUCACGUAUUUGUCGAAUCCUACGAAUCCCUGGAGGAAACGCCAUGUUGGUUGGAGUUGGUGGAAGUGGACGACAAUCCCUAACAAAGCUCGCCACAGCCAUGGCCGGCUACAACCUGUUUCAGCCGGAAAUCUCAAAAAGUUAUGGCAAGGUGGAAUGGAGAGAAGAUAUCAAGUCGGUGCUGAAGGCGUCUGGUUGUCAGGGUAACACCACAGUAUUCCUCAUCACCGACACGCAGAUUAAAGAGGAAUCUUUCCUGGAAGACAUUGACAAUCUCCUCAACACUGGUGAGGUUCCCAAUCUCUUCGCUACGGAUGAGAAGGCUGAAAUAAUGGAGGCCGUGCGACCAGUCGCCCAAGCUGGGGACAAGAACGCCGACUUCAGUCCUCUUUCGCUGUUUGCAUUCUUCGUGAACCGUUGUCGAGAGAACCUUCAUAUUAUCAUUGCCUUCAGUCCCAUCGGAGACGCCUUCCGUAAUCGUCUUAGACAGUUCCCAGCCCUCAUCAACUGUUGUACCAUCGACUGGUUCCAGCCCUGGCCUGAAGAUGCCUUGGAAAGAGUCGCAAACAAAUUUUUGGAACAAGUUGAGCUGGAAGAUCACGAAAAGGUGGAAACUGUCCAUAUUGUCAAGUAUUUCCAUCAGAGUACGACCAAACUGUCCGACAAAUUCCUGCAUGAACUUGGCCGUCAUAAUUAUGUGACUCCUACAUCUUACCUAGAGCUGAUCAACUCCUUCAAAAAUCUGCUGAAGAGUAAACAGGACGAAACUAUGAAAGCCAAAAGAAGAUACGUCGUUGGUUUGGAAAAGCUAGCUUUUGCCGCUACACAGGUGGCAGAAAUGCAGAAAGAAUUGGAGGAGCUACAGCCAAAACUGGUGACAAGCCAGGCAGAGAACUCAAAAAUGAUGAUAGUUAUCGAGAAAGAAUCCGUGGAGGUUGAGGCGACCAGUAAAAUCGUCAAGGCUGAUGAGGCCGUCGCUAACGAACAAGCAGCCAGUGCACAAGCGCUCAAAGAUGAAUGUGAGGCAGACCUCGCUGAAGCUAUUCCAGCACUCGAGGCGGCUUUAGCCGCUCUUAACACCCUAAAGCCUGCAGAUAUCACCAUUGUGAAGUCAAUGAAAAGUCCACCGGCUGGAGUCAAACUUGUCAUGUCAGCAGUAUGUGUGAUGAAAGAUAUCAAACCAGACAAGAUCAACGACCCUGACAAACCUGGACAGAAGGUUCUAGACUACUGGGGACCUUCCAAGAAACUUCUCGGAGACAUGAGUUUCUUGAACAUGCUCAAAGAAUAUGAUAAGGAUAACAUACCGGUCCAUGUGAUGACGAAAAUCAGGAAAGAGUACAUUCCCAAUCCUGAAUUUGAUCCUGCUAAAGUAGCCAACGCCUCGUCAGCUGCUGAAGGACUGUGUAAGUGGAUAAUGGCCAUGGAAAUCUACGACCGUGUCGCUAAAGUUGUGGGCCCUAAAAAGGAAAGUCUGGCGCUAGCUGAGGCAGAUCUCAAAACUACAAUGUCUGCUCUAAAUGCCAAACGAGCUGAGUUAGCAGCCGUAGAGAAACGUCUUGCCGAUUUGAAGUCGACCUUUGAGGAAAUGACAGCAAAGAAGCAACAGCUGGAAGAUCAGGUCGACCUGUGUGGAAAGAAAUUGGUUCGAGCUGAAAAACUUAUCGGAGGUCUUGGUGGCGAGAAGGAUAGGUGGACGCAGGCUGCAGCCAACCUCCAGAACAUUUAUGACAAUUUAGUGGGAGAUGUGUUAAUAUCAGCGGGAGUCAUUGCCUACCUUGGGCCAUUCACCCUGGCAUUCCGAGAUAGCUGUACCAUGGACUGGGUGAAGAUUUGCACUGAACGACAAAUUCCAUGCUCACAAGAAUUUUCUCUGAGCAAAACUCUUGGAGAGCCAAUUAAAAUCCAGGCAUGGAAUAUUGCCGGACUACCACGAGAUAGUUUCUCCAUUGACAAUGGUGUCAUAGUUGCUAAUGCCAGAAGAUGGCCUCUGAUGAUUGACCCCCAGGGUCAAGCUAACAAAUGGGUAAAGAACAUGGAAAAAGACCAUAAACUGGCGGUGAUCAAAUUCACCGACUUGGACUAUAUGAGGAAUUUGGAAAACUGUAUCCAAUUUGGAAACCCUCUCCUACUGGAAAAUGUCACAGAAGAGCUGGAUCCUUCUUUGGAGCCUCUUCUACUGAAACAAACCUACAAACAAGGUGGUGUCGAAAUGAUCCGACUGGGAGAGAAUGUUAUUGAGUACAGCAAAGACUUCCGUUUCUACAUCACAACCAAGCUAAGAAACCCUCACUACCUGCCUGAGGUCGCUGUCAAAGUGUCUCUUCUUAACUUCAUGAUCACACCCGAGGGUUUGGAGGACCAGUUACUAGGAAUUGUUGUCGCCAAGGAAAGACCUGAGCUGGAGGAAGAGAGACAAGCCCUUAUUGUACAGAGUGCCGCCAACAAAAAGGCGCUUAAAGAGAUUGAGGAUAAGAUCCUGCACACUCUGUCUGCCUCCGAGGGCAAUAUCCUGGAGGAUGAAUCGGCCAUUAAGGUUCUGGAUCACUCAAAGAUCCUUUCCGACGAGAUUUCCAAGAAACAGAAGAUUGCGGAGGAGACGGAACAGAAAAUCGACUCAUCUCGUAUGGGCUACAGACCAAUUGCGAAACACUCCUCCAUUUUGUUUUUCUCCAUCGCCGAUCUGCCCAACAUUGAUCCGAUGUACCAGUAUUCUCUCACCUGGUUUGUCAACCUCUACGUGGCUUCCAUUCACGACAGUAAUAAGUCCAAGAUACUGGAACGUCGCCUACGUUAUUUGAAGGAUCACUUCCAGUUUCAAUUAUACGACAAUAUAACGCGCUCAAUAUUUGCAAUGCACAAGCUCGUGUUUGCGUUCCUACUUUGUGCAAAUCUACAGUUAGCUAAGGAUGACAUGGACACAGAAGAACUCAUGUUUUUCUUGACCGGUGGCGUAGGUCUGGAUAACACAAUGGCCAAUCCCGCACCCACCUGGCUCUUAGACAAGAGUUGGGAUGAAUUGUGUCGUCUGUCCGACCUCAAACACUUCAAGAAGUUAAGAACUCACUUUAUAAAGAACCUGGAUGCUUGGAAAAAAUAUUACAACUCACGUGAACCUCACAAUGAAGUUUUACCGGAACCCUGGGAUAAAGAAUCCAAUGAAUUCCAGAAAAUGAUGAUUCUCCGAGUUAUUCGAGCGGAUAAGGUAAAUCCGGCUAUUACAAACUUUGUCCGGGAAAAGCUGGGUAAGAAAUUUGUUGAACCUCCUCCGUUCGACCUCGCCAAAAGUUACGCCGACUCGAACUGCUGUUCUCCGCUGAUCUUUGUCCUGUCCCCCGGAGCCGAUCCCAUCAUGGCCCUCCUGAAGUUUGCGGAGGACAAGGGCUUUGGUGGAAAUAAAUUCAACUCCAUAUCUCUCGGUCAAGGACAGGGUCCCAUUGCCAGUAAAAUGAUUGAGAACGCCAAGCAGGAUGGAUCAUGGGUCGCACUACAGAACUGUCAUUUAGCUGUAUCCUGGAUGUCUGCCCUGGAGAAGAUCUGCGAGGAAUUUUCCCCGGAAAAUAUCAACCCUGAUUUCCGGCUCUGGUUGACAAGCUAUCCUUCUGCUAAGUUCCCCGUCACAGUGCUACAAAACGGUGUGAAGAUGACUAACGAGCCUCCAACUGGUCUUCGUCAAAAUCUACUCCAGUCCUACCUAAACGAUCCUAUCAGUGAUGCAGAGUUCUUUGCCGGCUGUCCUGGCAAGGAAUUGCAAUUCGAGAAACUUCUGUUUGGAUUGUGUUUCUUCCACGCCUUGGUCCAGGAGAGACGUAAGUUUGGGCCGCUCGGCUGGAACAUCCCGUAUGGGUUUAACGAGUCAGACAUGAGGAUAUCUGUCCGACAGCUACAGAUGUUUAUUAAUGAGUAUGAGGACAUUCCAUACGAUGCGCUUAAGUACAUGACGGGUGAAUGUAAUUAUGGAGGGCGUGUCACAGACGACUGGGACAGACGUUGUCUUCUGACCACGAUGGCCGACUUCUACAACGCUAACAUCAUCGAUGAACAGCGGUAUAAGUUCUCCGUCAGCGGUACCUACUUCUCCCCGCCAAAAAGCUCGUACAACGACUAUAUCCAGUUCAUCAAGAACUUGCCACAGCAACAGACUCCUGAGGUAUUCGGCAUGCACGAGAAUGUGGAUAUUUCCAAAGAGCUUCAGGACACGACUCUCUUGUUCGACUCAGUGCUCCUGACAAAGGGGCGUGGCAGUGGAGGAGGUGGUGGUGAUACAGAUACUAGUCUAUACAAUAUGGCUGCUGGCAUCAUUGCCAAGCUCCCGAAAUUAUAUGAUAUAGAGGAGGCAACAAAGAAAUACCCUGUGGUAUACAAUGAGAGUAUGAACACCGUGUUGGUACAGGAGAUGGAAAGAUUCAAUAGGUUGCUGUCAAUCAUCAGUUCCAGCCUCAUCAACAUACAGAAGGCUAUCAAGGGUUUGGUAGUGAUGUCCUCAGAGUUGGAGUCCCUAGCCGCCAGUCUUCUUAUCGGUAAACUCCCUGCCAUGUGGGCUAAACGAUCCUACCCCUCACUCAAACCACUCGGCAGUUACAUCAUUGAUUUCCUCGAGAGACUCAAAUUCUUGCAGAAAUGGUACGACGAGGGCAAGCCGCCGACAUUCUGGGUGUCUGGAUUCUUCUUUACCCAGGCUUUCUUGACAGGUGCCAUGCAGAACUUUGCCAGGAAAUACACAUUACCCAUAGAUAUUCUGGCAUAUGACUUUGAGGUCAUGUCGGUGGAUUACACCUUGUUAGACGAGGCUCCAGAAGAUGGGGUCUACAUUUAUGGACUCUUCUGUGAUGGAGCAAGAUGGGAUAAGAACAAAAGCGUCAUCGUAGAGCAGUUGCCGAAAAUUUUAAACGAAGCUUUACCGACGAUGUGGCUGAAGCCAAAGAAAAAGGAUGAAAUAAAGGAAGGUGACCGCUACAAAUGUCCAGUCUACAAAACGAGUGCCCGACGUGGUGUACUGUCCACUACUGGUCACUCAACAAACUUUGUCCUCUCCGUGCUGCUGAACACGGACAACACUAAGGAACACUGGGUCAAGCGUGGCUUGGCCCUCCUAUGUCAGCUCGACUCUUAAAUGGACACCGGUCAAGCAAUCGCUGAUCAUCAAUUUUGUUUUUGUCUUUGUGCAACUCUGAGCAUUCAAGUGGGAGUCACCACAAUACAUGGAAUGUUUAUGAUGGGGGAACUGUGUCGACAGGACUCGGGAGUGGACACUGGUCAAGUUUUGACCAACAAUCUGUGUUUUUUUCUGUAUUCAUAUAACUUUGAGGUAUAAUGAACACCAUUUGAAUUGGAUUAAUUACAUUCAAUUCCCCAUUCUGAAGAUAAUUAUAGAUGUGCUAUUUUUAAAAUUAACAUAUCCAAGACAUCUUAGCAGUGCUGAUCCGAUGAUUGAUUGAUGUUAAUGUUUAUAUAAUGAACACACGUUAUGAUAUAUAUUGCAGACAUCUACAUGAUGUUAAAUAACUUAUGUUGUGAAAUAAAACCUGGCAUCAUGAUAAACUUGUGUUAAUGCUGAACAAACAAUCACUGUAAAAUAUUAGUGAUGUUCUGUUAUGCUGAUUAAAAACUAUAUAUUUUAUUUAUAAAUUUUAUCUUGGAAUAUAUAUGUCUUUCCUUGUGUGUUUAUUGAUCGUAUUCCACAUAUUUUAUUUGAAUAUUUUUUUUCAUCAGAGGAAACGGUUAAAUGUCAUAAUGAUCACUGCACUUAGCGUAAAAUAUAUUCAUCUCUUCCACAAAGGUUUGUGUUAAAAUGGACCGAGGUGUUAUAGCUAGGAAAAUCAAUGGAUCACAUUUGUCUGAAUAUUUACACAAACACGUCUUCAGCAGCCUAUAAUACUGUGGACACGAGCCGCUGUCAGUUUUGAUCCUAUCAACAUCAACUCAUUACUCUGAGAAGGUACUUUGUCUGACAAGGGAGAUAACUCCACAUGACAGAUUGUGUCAAGGGAGAUAACUCUAUAUGAUAGGAUAUGAUUAUAUUUGCCUCUAUGUUAUUGUGUUAACUGUCAAAUAAGUUAUAGAUUUAAUUUGUUAGGAGAAUGUUACCAGAUUUUACUCGCAGCUAAGAAGUAAAAUCAGAAUAUUUUGUGAUAAUGUAUAUACAUGUACAUGUAAAUAGAAUUAUAUAAAUUUAACAAAUAAAUGUAGGGAAAUACAUGUAGUUUUAAAAAAAACAGAGCACUGGGUUAUCUUAUAAAUCCUAUGUUUCUUCACGUCUUUGAGUGGAUAUUAUUAAUUAUCUAAAAUAAAAAUAUUUCAACAAUAUUUUUCGCAGAUUUACGUUGCAAUUGUUUAUAACCUGUGAUUGUAUACCUAAAACCGGUCCAUUUAUUUAAUAUAAAUCAAAAUCAAGUUCCGUCCAAUGAGAUCUACAAAACUGUGUCUAUAGCAUAAUGAUAUUAAUAUCUUAAAGAAUUUUUUUCAAAAUUCCUCUAAAAUGGGAAAUUCUUGGUAGUGAAGAUUUUUUUAUUUAUUAAAAAUCUGACCUACAAAAGUUUCAAAAUAUUUCACCAAAUACUGUAGUAAAGUGAUGGGUCUUUAAAUCAUGUGAACAAAUAUACAGUGUAUGUUUGUUAAAUGGGAUCCCUCAACCGAUUCUAGCCUCCUGAAAAUGUUAAAUUGACCCCGUAACAUUUUGGUCCUCAUUGUGGAUAUUUUAAAUGGGGUCCUUCAUUCCAAUUCCGUCCUCAUUGUGGGUAUGUUAAAUUGGACCCCCCUACCAAUUCCGUCCUCAUUGUGGAUUUAAUUUACUGGUAAUAAGUAAUUGUAGUAAGUACCAUUGUCUAUUAUGUUAUUGUUCACUUAUAACUUUUUAUGCAUUUGUUGCAAUGAGCUGUGAUAUAUUUAUACCUGAAUAAAGUAUUCGACAUUGAACAUC